CGGUACUGCUGGACUAAAAACCCUUCAAGUGAGUUGUCGGGAUUUAUGCACGAGGGAACUUUCAGAAUCUUUUACAGAUGAAUAGAUUUUUAGCGGAGAAAAUAAAACUGCGUUAUCAAAAAGGGCUUUUGCUCAGGAGAAAGUCGGAGGUCUAAGUUUACUCGAUUCAUCAUGGUGAAGUAGACCAGAAAUAAGGAGAGGUAAAGGUUCAGGUAGAACCGAAAGUACAAAAAUAUACGUUAUCCAUUUGAAUAAUUCGACACACAUCACCACCACCACACGCACGCAAGGAUGGUGCUCGAGGCAUCACCAUCAAAUGCACACACCAAGUUUCAUGGAAUAAUUAUUUCGCUGAAGUGAAGUGAUUCCCUUUUUGCUGCACUGCAAUGCAUACCCUGCAAAAUAUUGUCGAAAUGAAGGGAGCUGCAGAGGAGACCGACGCAGUUCAAUUGGCUGCGUAUUUCCACUCGCUUUAUCAAAAAUUCCAUCUAAAGAAACAUGAGAGAAAGCAGGUGCAACGGAAGGACAAAGUCCAUCGUCCAAAGUCACGUCAAAGAACAAAAUCGUUGUUGCUUUACUCGUCCACGGCUGGGCUGCCAUUGGAAGUUCCGAGGAUUGAAAUUCUUGGGAAUUGUUCUCCUUUCUCCGCCUUCGCCAACAUCCGCCAACUCGUUUUGGAAGUGAGUUUUGCCGAAGAAUCCAAAAAAUGGUUGGUCGCAGCGGAAGAACGAGACAAUGAGAAUGACAACAGUUCCAAUGAGAGGAUUCCAUCCCCAAUUUCCCUCCCGAAAGUGGUCGGCAUUGGUCUCGAGACGGUGUUCCAAUUGGUGAAAGAGAGUCAAACGAAACAUUCCAGUCUCUGCAUUAAAGCGUUGGAAGCGUUGCUCCACAUUUUGGGAGGACAAUAUCCUCAAAGUCUGCGAAAAGAACCGAUUCCUGUGAUUGAUUCCCUCUUCGCCAUAUUGUUAAGUCUCUCCAAGGAGAUUGAGGUUGACGUUCCAAACUCCAGCAGAGCACAGACCAAAAUUUCCACCGCGGAACAAAUGACCUCUCUCGCGACGGCUUGUCUGAUCAGCUUGGCAAUUGCCAGGGGCGAAUCCAAGCUCAUGUUGGAAGCAAUUUCCUCACUUUUCAUGUGCCCUGAGAAACUCGCAACGCAAAAAUUUGAUAAUCCAGACAUUUUAAAGUCGUUACAACGAAGUACUCACGCGAUUUUAGUGGGCAGACCUAUCCUUCCACAAUGGUUAUCUCACGGAAUUCCCAUCAACUCUUGCGUUGAUUCCUUUCCUGUAAAUUACCCUCCAGAUCCACCAGGAAGUGUGUUCAGUGCUAAAAGUUUAGCUACAGAUGGUCGCUAUCUAUUUCUUCAUUGCUCAAGAGGAAUUUACAAAAUUGGAUCCGGUUGCUUUGGAACGAUCAAAGGACGGAUUUACGUUUCUGAUCCGAAUUUUCAUCUGUCUGAAAAAAUUUGGCUCGGAUGGGCAAGUGGGAAACUAUUUUACCGAAUAGUAAAUAGCGGAGAUUCUCACCUUAAAGUGUUGAACGAAAACACAUUCGAAGUUAAGGAAGUCAUCAAGACUUUGGAGGAUGGGAGCGUGACCAUGUUCUCCGAUGGACUGCAUGUGGGUGCCAUUGUUCCUUCGAAAGAUGACGGUUUCGUGGCACGGACUGUUUGGAUGGAGACUGCAAAUGUUACUUGGGAUACGUUUAUAGACCUUAACCUUAGACUUGUGAAAAAGUCGUUGGAAGUUUCCGGCCCAUGCCCGUGGGACAACGAGUCCACUCCACGGUCGAUUGUGACUGGCAUUGAUGAAGAUGUUGUCACCAUUUGUGCAGGAAAAGAUUUCGCUUUACUACGAACACAACAUGGAAGGAUAUUGUACUGCGGGAAAGGGGCAAGUUUAGGACAGAAAUCUGGAAUCACUAAAUGUUCCAAAUGGUUGGAACUUAGUCUGACAAAGUGCCCACGAUUCAUCCAAUGUGCCGUUGGUCAUGAAGGAAUUCACGCCUUGCUCUUAGCAGAAGAUGGAACUGCAUAUUUCGUUGGAACUCCGAAACGAGGAGAGGACGGUGAUCAAGCUAAACCACGACGUGUUGCCAAAGCCUCCAAGCCGAAAAAAGUAAUUAGAAUGGAAGGGUAUGACGUAACAUCUGUGGCUUGUAACAAUGGAACCUCCGCCUUUGUGACACGAAUUGGAGACGUUUACAUGUUUGGGAAGGACACGGCUCAUUGUGACCCAACCACAGGGUGCUUGAUAGCCUUGAGGGGAGUCUUCGUAUCGCAAAUUGUUAUGGGAAAAGCACACAGUAUAAUUCUUAGUGGGGAUGGUAAGGUGUACACCAUGGGGAUUAACAAUCGAGGUCAGUGUGGGAGGACCUGGUCCCCGCAAAAGGAUGGUAAAUUUCCUGUCUCAUACGGUUGUGCGGAUGUGUUGGAGGAUGACGAUGGAGAAUGGGAGGAAGCGUCUGCAGCAGCAAUUGGUCCUCCAGAACAGGAAGGAAUUUGCCCGACAGGGUCACAUCGCUGGAAACAUGAGCAGUGCAUGAUUUGUACAAUUUGCAGAGAGUGCACCGGCUACGGGAGUGCUUGCAUAUCUGCCCUAAGACCAGAUCGGAAUCCAGGACAGGAGUGCGGAUGUGGCGUUGGCGACGCUGGGUGUGCAGAGUGUGGAUCGUGUAGGGUGUGUGCACGUGAAGGCAUUGACGAUCAAGAUUACGUCGUCAUUGAUGCGCAACGAGUCUUGGAUCCUGUUGGUGGUGACUUGUUGCAAGUGGAAGAAGAGCGAAUUGUUCCGUUGGAUGAUCAUCAAGAGAAACGCUCAAAACCAUCGUCAAAGACAACGAAAACUCGUGGAAAGGAAAAUUCCAUGACUUCCUUUCCACCAAGUCGGCUAAAUCUUCCAACUGCUUACCAAGUCAUUCAAGUGGCUUCUGGUUUGCAUCAUUCUGUGAUUUUGGACUCGAACGGAUCAGUUUUUGUCUGUGGAAGCAAUUCCUUUGGGCAGUUGGGUUUGGGCGACUUAUCGCCUCGACAUACUCCAUCCAAAAUACGUUUCCCAGAUCCUGAUACAAAAAUUAAACAAAUUGCUGCUGGUAGCUAUCACACUGUUGCCUUGGACUCUAGCGGAGUUGUGUUUACCUGUGGAUCUCACACGAAAGGGCAGUUGGCUCGCCAACCUGAUGAAAAUAAGACUGAUCCAUUUUGGUUUUCCAAAAUGGUUGCUAUACCAAACGUUGGUUCAAAAUGUGGACGAAGAGCGACUUGGAUCAAUGCUUCUGGUGAUGCCACAUUUAUCAAGUUAGAAGUCAGCUUAAUUAGCCCAAAAAUGCUACAAAAGUCAACAGUUACAGCUAAUGCUUCUGCAAUCUUAAUCAUUCCCCCGGUUGCUUGUGCAAAGUCGGCAUCCGUAAUCAUGAUCAACAGGAAGGACGGAUGUUGCUCAUACUUUGAGGGCGAAAAGAACCUUGGUUUGGCUACAAGUGCCGCAACGUUGGACCCCGUUUAUGAUUUUCUGUGGACGUAUGAAUGGAGAACUCAUUUUAUGAAAUGCUACAACGUUAUCGCAACCGCAGUCAGAAAUCCAGAAAUCGAAUCCAACACUUGGCUUACCAAACCACCCUACGCAAUCCCAGUCUCUCCUUGUGCUAAACUUGAACGGUGGCAAGCUGGGGCGAAUUUGUUGGCUUGUUUGGACAGUUUAAUUGCAGCGAAUAUUCAAGGAAUGUCUGUAAAUCAUGAUGAGCAGGCGGUGGUUGCCGUUUUAUCGAAACUUUACAGCAGGGAUGACUACUCUGCCGUGUGCCGGUUCGAAAGUCAUGGUGGCGGCUGGGGAUAUUCUGGGCACAGCGUUGAAGCUGUUAGAUUUUCGUGUGACUCGGACAUUGUGAUUGGAGGGUUCGGACUGUUUGGGGGACGUGGAGAGUACUGUGCUAAAAUUAAGAUUUUCGACAUUGGCCCCGAAGGAAGUGAGAACGAGGGUGACGGGGAGCUGUUGGCAGAAACUGAGGAAGUUCCGUAUGAAUGCGGCCCACGCCAGAAAUUUCGGAUGAUGUUUGAAGAUCCCAUACCUCUCCAAGGGGGACGGUGGUACGUUGCCUGGGCGCACAUUACUGGACCCUCCAGCGAUUGUGGGUCUAGUGGUCAGAGUCUCGUCGUAACAGAAGACCUGAUCACAUUUCACUUCAAGUCUUCAAAAAAGUCAAACAACGGGACUGAUAUGAACGCUGGACAAAUACCCCAAAUUCUGUACCGCUUGAUGACCUCUGAUCAAAAUACGUUUGGGACCAAGCCAAAACCACAAAUGGAGCCCAUAUACCUUCUGACGAACGACUUCAUAUCCAUGUUUUCUCAUACGAGCAUACAAACGCUUAUGAGUCUGAUAACAUGGUGCUGGGAGGAAAUGCAACUGCUCUGCGCUUCCGAAGACGUCGAUAUUUUCAAAGCUGAGCUUAUGGAAUUUGUCACUAGCUGUGGUUUACGUAUAAUUGAGUUUAGCAUCAAUCAAGCAUAUCCUGUUAAAGGUUUUAGUCGUUUAAGCCAAACGGAAAGUUCCUGCAUGGCCGAGGCAGUUGGGGAAGUUAGAACUACGAUACAAGCCAUGAUGUCCUGCAAAAUUGAACCUCGAGGUCCAAUAGCUCACACGAUUGAAAAUAUUAUGAAACAGACAAGCAAAACAUUUGUCAACUGCUUUCAAAUUUUUUAUCCCACAUCUGUCCUAAAGUGGGAGUGUCUUUCCAACUUUAUGAACCUGUAUUUCGAUGAGCCACAAAAAUAUGCAAGGAUGCUCAGCGCCAUUUUGGAAGCUCUUUGUCACUGUAGAGGUUAUUUGUUGGGCGUCUUUCCAAUUUUGAAUAGCAUAUCACGUCACCACUUUGAAAACUCUAGUAGGUCGUUCGUCCUCAAUGACGACUCUCCGAAUAAACCACUCCCGUCCAAAAACCAAAUAUUGAUCAGUCAAAUGGCGGCACGGAAUGAUGUUGAAGGUUUCUCUAGGUCAGAAUGGACCUUCUGGGAGGUCCUUGAAAACGUGUUGGAAGUGAUCAAUCGAGACAGUGGAAACGUUGAGCCAGCCACGAAGUCACUUGUUCAUAACUCGUCGAUUCUUUUGGCACGCUUGAUGGAGGAACUUGUUUCUCAUGCAUCCGGGACUUAUGCCGAACUGGAGAGCAUUAUUGGACAACUCGUUUUGGUAACACCGUCCCGAUUUACACGCACAAACCAAAGUAAAACAUGGAAUACUGGGAAUGGGUCGCCAGACGCUGUGUGUUUUGUAACCGAUCAGGCCGGAGUAAUUGUGUUUGGUUCCUGUAUUUAUUCCGGUACUGGAAAUUAUGAGUAUGAGCUGGACAUUUUGCAAGAGGUGGAUGAAGAUAAUGCGGAAAGUUGUGAACAGCAAAAUGCAAAGUGGACGACAAUUGAAUCUGCGAGAGGCAGUUUUGAGUCUGAUGAUAGUUUUGGCGAUAUCAUGGAAAUUAAAUUUCCUCAUCCAGUUCAUAUCAAGGUUGGCGUUAAAUAUGCAAUAAGACUGAAAAAUCAUGGGGCACGCACUUGUAACGGAGAUGGCGGAAUCACUGUACUUCGUUGCUCGGAUGGAACUGUUUUCACUUUCAGUUCUUGUUCGUUAAGUUUCAAUGGAACUAACCAAAUCCGAGGACAAAUCCCACACAUUUUGUAUUUUCGAAACCCAGAUGACUCCGAGUCUCGUUUGAAAGCUAAAGCCAUUAGUGAGAUGCAAGCACGGAAAUGUGCUCAGAAAAUGUCCAAAUCAAUUUUCGAUAGUGCUAAAAAAUUAUUCGUAAAAGCUUCUUCCGAUAUGAACGAAUUAUCAAAGUCUUGCCUUGUGACCACUCUGAUGCCAUCAAUCAUGGCGCAUCUUCCUCGGUUAGCAGUGUCAAAUUUGAGAAGUUGUGUCGACUUGCUCGGACAAAUUACAAGAAUCAUGCCGACUGUAUCCGAUCUAAAUAACCGCCUCCUGGUAGAGGACGAUAAUAAGAUUGAAAAUAAUUUAAGCGAUUCUAUUCAUUUUGCGUGGGUUGAAAGUGAGCAUCCCUACAAACCUGCAGUGGUUACACAUUACAAAGUCAAAUUCCCUCCAAAUGUGCAAAUAAUGGCGAUUGAGUUUGACCCAAGGUGCUGUACAGCCCAAAUAGAGGAUAGCGUCAGGCUCUACAUUCCCAGAGGUGCUGUCGCCCCAGAUCCACAAACCAAAGACAACAAGUCGUCAAAUUCUCCAGAAGCCGGAUCCGCAGAAGAGCAAGAUUCUUACAGCAACUAUAUCGCAAUUCUGGACAAGUACUCGAGAAAGGAGAACUGGCCUAAGAAAGCUGUCAUUCUACCAGGAAAUGAAGUUCUAUUCUCACUGGAAACCGCGUCAGAUUACACUCGAGCAGAGAAAGAUCAGUACUUUGGAUUCCGAUGUCUCGUCUGUGGUUUCGAAGUGAAUCAUUACGAAGGCCUGCAACGACUGGAGAUGGAACUCACAUUUCUAGGAGGACUCUGUGCAUUCGAAUUGGUGAAGAAGGACAUUGUGCUGCCCCCAGUUUCAACCGAAGAAGUCGAAGCAUCUUUGGAGACUUUGCCAUCGGAUGAAAAGAUGAUGGAAGUAUGUGCCAAACACCAGCAAUUGUUUUCGAAAGGGAUCGGGCUUGAAUAUUUCCCAGACGUGCACGAAGCCCUGGAUGGAAUUGUUCCACUAAGAGAGAAGUCGAAGGAACGUGAGUUUGUGGCCAAUUUUGUUGCUCGAACGCCCAAUACGAGCGGAGAAAGGCUCGCCAAUUGGUUGCAACCGGAAUCAUUCAUCGACCCCAAGAAAUGCGAGAUUAGCGUUCCACAAGAAAGUAUCAAGCGAGGAGUGCAAACUAGCUUUACGAUCGUGACCAGGGACCAAUACUUUGAACUUGUUGUAGCUCAUCAUUUACAGGUGGAAGUGAAAGCAGUUCCAUUGCUGUCCUCAAAUGAAGCUGGAAAUAUUGAUGGGAGCCCAAACAAUUCGGACCACAGCCCGAUUUUAGACGCGUCGAAAUUUCCAACUAGUGGUUCUCAUCGUGUCAGCUUUUCAUACCCGAAAGGAUACUUUUCCCAGAACCCGUCCGGUUUGGAGAACUUGAUUGGAACUUUGGUGGUUCCGUACCAGGUCACUGUGAAGGAUAAGAUGCGAUAUCAUUCCAUUACAAUGAUGAAGGACUAUGAAAACGUGUCGUUUGAAGAGCUCAGAGUGUUGUCACCAUUUCAGAGGUUCAGAUCUUCAGAGUCCAUGUUGGUGAGGCAAAGUAACAGUGGAAAUUAUACCGCCACCUGGACUCCAUCUUGCACAGGUCCCUAUCAAAUUGCUGUCACGGUUGAUGGCUACUCCAUUUCUGAAACGUGCGUAGUAAAAGUGGAGGAAAGUUCGGAAAAGACCUUUUCAAGUAGAAAGUCUGCUGAAGGAACUGCAGAAGUUCCGGGGCAGCAGUUUCUCAAAAAGAGAAAAUUCAAGACCACCAACUCUGCCGGAUUAAGGAUUCGUGCGCAUACGUCCCUUCAAAGCGAGCAGAUUGGGGUCAUUCCGGUCAACGGAGUGAUCGAGUUCACCCAGGAGAUUCACAAUGACGACGGAAUUUGGGUGAAACUGGACGAGUCCUCGCUUUACGCCUAUUGCGAAGGGACUCAGCCACAGUCGAGGAACUUCCGGGUGGAAGGUUGGUGUUUGCAGUACAAUCAGCACGUGGGAAGGACGCUCCUUUUCCCCAUCGAAGCCCCCAAACGUCUGUCCAACAAUCGGUUCAAUGAGAAGAAUCUCGUCAGUUUGCGGAGACUAAACGACCAGAAUAUGCCAUAUGUAGAAAGUUCAAAAAUACUCAGACUUAAUGGAAGCCCAGGAAUCUAUCAAGUCGUCAAAUGUGGAGUCUCUGGUCAUAAUAUACGUAGCAGGCCUUGUCUUCGCUCACCUCCAGUUGGAAUUUUGGUCAUGGGUUCAAAAUUUACGGUCAUUGAUGAGUGUUUCAACAAUGAGGGAUUGUGGGUAAAACUGGAUUCUUCGAGUCAGAGGAAAUUUUGCUUCACUUCAGAAGGUGAAGCUUGGUCUCUCGCAGUGGGACAUGGCGAUGUUACAUAUCUACGACAUUUGGACUCGUCUGUAAAUGAAAAAGGUUACGAUUUCUCCAUCGCUUCCCAAUACCCACAAAACAUUUUUCAAAACGUUUCCCCACCAGCCGCUUUCACUGGGCCAACCGAUGUCCCGAUGAACAUUGACUUUCAGCACGCCGUCCCACAACUGCCUCCAACAUCUCUCAACGGGGGUGAUAAGGACAAAAUUAACGAGUUGAUCAAAUCAGCACCGAUAACUCAACCACUGAAAGAAACCGACUCUGCUCCAGUAACUUGUGCCUCAACACCCAUGGUUUCUUCCCCAUCGUCCACCUCCGUUUCGAUGACUUCAUCCCAGAAAUCUACCACGGGUGGUGGGCGUGCAGGAAGUCGAAGAGGUAGCGAAACCACGGUUGCAGAACCUCCUCCAAAACCUGUCCAGCGUAAAUCAUCCACACCGCUUGGAGCUCUUCAGAAAUGGCUUCAGAUUGGGACUGAAAGUCGACAGAAUUCUUCCACGUCGUCCUCGUCCGGUAUGAAGCAGCAGGCCUCGAACGUGAUGGAAGUCUCAAAGUCGCUGGUGAAAGAGAGAAUUGGCGUAUUUGGUGGGGGUGACAAAGGAAAACAGCAACCAACCGUCGUGCCUCCUCCACCACUUCCACCAACAGUUGCAUCCUCUGCGACUCAAACUUCUCCAGAAGAACAAAUGUCCCCCUUCGGCACUACGGGUCACUUUAACAUCGGAUCCACACCAAACGCCGCUCCUCCAUCGGGAUUUCAACCCGCUGGGGGCGACAAAGGAGUAAAACCUUCGCCCAAACCGGAGAGAAAGAAACGCGGAACAACGAGGUCACGAACAUCGUACAGAGACAGAGAACGACUUCGAUCCCCACCACGAGCAUUUGAGUCAAAUACUUCAUUUGGCAGUACUCCCAUGGUGGAUGUGUCCCACAAGGUGGCCAUCGGACCAGGACAAGCGCACAGUCUGAGAGCCGUCUUUGGAGCUAUUUUGUCCCACAGUGAGAUUAUUCACGACGCAAUGGCGUCUGCCUCGUACUUGAGAUUUAUCACGAAAGAAACCGACGGCGGGAGGAGUGAUGCUGAGGGGGUCGAAGUUUCUUCGAGUGAGGUCGAUGAAGGGGUGACUGUCGUUGGAAAAGGUGACGAGGAAAAUGAAGAAAGUGCUGGUGGUGGUGGUGGUAGUGAUCGUCAACAGGACGCCAAUUUAGACAACAAGUCGCUGGAGGUUACUACUGCUGUCGUAAUGAGGAAGAAGCACGGAUCUCCGGCCAAGAGUAAAUGUUGGCGUCACUCUUUAGAGGUCACCACUCCAUCUCGAUAUCUUCGUGAUAACCCCAACAUCAAGUUGGCCCCGCUCGACUCUUCUCCCGUGGUCUCGGAACCCAACAUUAUAAACAACCAAAAUCCCACAAUCACUCCUGAAAAGCCUGUGAUUCCAGAACCUGUUGAAAAUAAAGGUCUUUCAGAUUCCAAUGAACAACUUCCAUUCGCAAUGAUUGCACUGGGGGAAAUUUGGAAGUACGUAAAGUCCAGUUGCGUCGAUUUCAUUGUUCAUGAAAGGGUUACUUCGACCCCUUUGGAACACAAAAUAGCAUCUGGAAAGGAGUCCGGCAGCAAAAAGUGCAGUCAUCAUUACGGAAGUCUAAAACUUCGGUCAGAUCGAUCCUAUCUCCAAGUUAGUGGGCGUACAUUCUUAAUUGAUGACGACACGGAAUUUAAGGAUGAUAUGUUAAGAUGCGAAUUAUGUUUGGCUGGAUUUAAGACGAAGGCUAAAACAAAGAAAGCCCACUUCGGAUUAACUUCUCUUUGCGAAAACUGCUCAGAACGGCAACUUAAAAUUAAAAAGCGAUCUCAUGCGUCGAAGUCAUCCGCAAAUGACCCAAAGCACAAAUAUGCAUCUCAGGAUUCACGACAAUACUCGUACAGCUCAUUGCUUCACAAUGCUCUGUUUUUACUGCAAAUGACCAACGGAGUUCCUGAAGUUCCUAUUCAAGUUCAUACGGAUACAACUGUUGUGCAAAAAACGGGGUUUAGCUGCUUCAAAGCACUAGGAAUUUCUGAAAGUCAAGUUAUGGAUGAAGACGACUCAUUUUUUGAAAUAAAAUCCCCAGUUGCGAUGAGAGACUUUGCAGAUGUGGUUAUCCUGAAAGAAAAACGGUCAAUACUUGCCGCGUCCACCAGCUUUGCGGACAAUGAAUGGGAUCCGUUUACGAAUAAGAGGCGAAAAACUAGUAACGGAGAUCAAAUAUCUGAUGACAAUUUAGGAUACACGUUACUCAACUAUCCGUCUGCACCACUUCAAAAAUUACUUAAAGUUUCCAUCUCCGGCGCCCAAUUGCCAGAAACACAAGCUAUCAGAAAGAUGUGUAACAAUGUGUUGGCAUUUGUAACAGAGCGUCAUGAUCUCAAUGGUCUGAAGUUAUUUCUGUUUCAAGCAAUUAGAAAAAAUACCUGCAGGUCUUAUGGGAUGCAGAUGCUGGCGUGGCUUUUGAGAAAUGUGAGCCAACCCAUGGCACUUCAUGACAUUUUGUGGUGGUACGCGUCCUCAUUGGAGUUCAAGGGAGAAGAAAUGAGCAAUAUUGGCGUAGUGGGUCUGGACAAUGGGUGGUGGCAAAUGAGACUUCACCCUCUCGUCGAAUCGCCAUCCUCAAUUUUCCCAGUGUUGUCGGAUUCAUUUUACUACUUGAUGCAAACCAUUGCAGAUAUCAUGCCAUUUCUUCCAGCUGGGUCACCGUUGCUUGAAAUGGCAGUGAAAUGCUGGGGUGUCUGCUUUUCCAGAAAAGACCAUCGAUUUUUGCAUCGGAGCAAAAUAUUUCGAAACUUGAGUAAAAUCAUGUCGCAAUUCGACGGAGAAAGUGAUUGGUCAAAGAGCAGCACAAUGUUUCACAUGGAUAGCUCGGAAACUCAACAAAGCGUCCAAGUGACCACGUGCCUGCAUGACUUGACCCACGCCAUGGAAGUAAAGGUGUCGAGCAGAAUAGCCUUGUGUUCCAGCUUGAUUGACGAUUCAACUGAAACCUUCUGGGAAUCUGGGGACGAGGAUCGAAACCGGACUAAAAAUAUUACUAUUGUGUCCACUUGUGAGUCUGUCAUCAAUGUUGUUGCAAUCCAUGUUGACAACGGAAGAGAUACUCAGUACAAAGUAGCAUCAGUUGUUGUGAAGGCUGGUCUUCAUCCAGAUGAAUGUUUAAAAAUUGGACAAGUGGAACUAGAUUCUAAGCAUUGUGGAUGGAGUUGGUUUUCAGUGACGCAGGAGGGUGUCAAAGUGAUCAAAAUAGAGAUGAAAGGUCCUGAUAAUACGCUGCGAAUUAGACAACUGAAAAUUCUCGGGAUCCUUAACAGAGAUCCAAAUCAUCCUGGACCUUCAGAGAAACCGAGCGACAAACUGAACGAAUUGACACCAAUGGUCGCCCAAAGAAAGUGCGAAAAUGAGACGCUUCGUAUAUUUCGUUUAUUGUCGUCGGAAGUUUUUGGGAAAUUUUUGUACGGAAUGAGACGUGGAGAAAGCGAUGUGGAUGGAAACGAUUUGCAGGAACAUGUCGUGGGCAUACUUUUCAGUCGAAAUAAACUUACGCAUCUUCAGAAACAAGUCUGCUCACACAUUGUUUCAACAAUUCACCGAGAAUCCGUCAAAAUUAAGGAAGACAUGGAAUCCCAGUUGACGGGGUCCGUGUUGGAGGCAACCAACGAAAAUAUAAGAUUUAUUAAUGCAGAAAAACCAAGGAUUACAGAUCGAUACUGCUUUGAAAUGUUGACCUUGGUGCUGGCAUUGGCUGACCAUAAACUUGGGCGUUCGUAUCUUUCUCAUCAAAGCAAUUUGAUUCAAGAUCUGAUGCAAUUGUUCCAUUCAGGGACUCCUCGGAUACAAAGACAGGUCCUCGCUGUAAUAAAAAAGAUCCUCCCGGAAAUUAAACCCGAAAAUUUUCUCGCCAUUGUGAGCGGUGGAAAUGACGGGUCUUCCAUGAAAACAAAAUUGGGAGUUUUGGACAUGUUCUUCGGGUGUAUUUUGAAAGCGUUGCAGGUGAAAGUUCGUGGAUCACAAGAUGGAAACCGGUCAGCGAAAAACAUUAGCAUCACGGACAUCCUAAUCGCGGAAGAACUCCCUCCGCACUACUGGUUUUUCCGUGGUGAUGGGGACUUGCAGCUGGCGAGUUCUGUCGUGACCUUUAUAAAGGACAUUUCAGAUGAGUCAUUUUCAUCGUUGUGGGCUUCCGUGGCGAAAACUGCAAUUGCCGACGCAGUUCUAUACUUGACUCGGGUGGAUGAAAAAUGCAGGAGGGCGUCAGAAUGUCUCAACUCACCUCGCUUUUGGAUAUCACUGGCUGCCCUCAGCACCCUGCAUCCUGACCACUCAAAGCUCUUAUCUUCCCCGGUCUUCAUGAAUGGAAAUAGUGGCCGAACAAAAUGCAUAAAUCACGACGACGGGGAAACUCUGGCCGUACUCCAGUGUAACGAUUGCGGUGACCUGUGUACCGAAUGCGACCGUAUUCUUCACCUUCCAAAGAAGACCUGGACGCAUGUCAGAAAGGUUUGCAAGGAGGAAGAAGAGUCGAUAAAGGUGGAUCUACACGAGGGUUGUGGUCGUAUCAAACUAUUUUGGUUGAUGGCUCUGGUCGACUCGUCAACUCUGAAAGCAUUAGUCGAAUUCCGAAAUGGAAUCCCAAAGACUAUGUCUGAUUCCGGCACCACGAUUGCGACUACGGGCAGAUGCCGUUUUUGUAAUAAAGUUGGUAAUACUGGACCCUUAGCUUUGGGGAAUGUUUGCGGCGAUGUCGAAUGUCAGGAAUACGCGAAAAUUGCCUGUGAUAGAAUUUUGGAAUGCACACAUCUUUGCGGAGGAGUGCGAAAUGAGGUUAAAUGUCUUCCCUGUUUGCAAGGAUGCUCCGACAAAUUGGGCACAAUUUUGAAACAAGACGGGGAUGACAUGUGCAUGAUUUGUUUUACGGACGCUCUCUCCUUUGCACCCGCGAUACAACUGUCCUGUGGGCACGUUUUCCAUUACCAAUGCUGCAGAUCAAUCCUUGAGAAUCGUUGGGCUGGGCCACGAAUUGCGUUCUCAUUUUCAUUCUGUCCUAUUUGCAAGCUUCAAAUGUUCCACGAGCUUUUGAACGAUGUCCUACAACCGAUCCGAGAAUUAUUUGAAGAUGUCCGGCGAAAGGCUUUGAUGCGACUGGAAUACGAAGGAUUGAACCAAGCGGACGAAAUUGCUUCACCUGGUGGAAGAUAUUACCAAGACCCGGCUGGAUUCUCCAUGGAACGAUAUGCGUACUACGUGUGCUUCAAGUGCAAAAAACCCUACUUUGGAGGAGAAGCUCGUUGUGAUGUCGACCUGCAGUUGGACUUUGAUCCAACCGAACUUUUGUGUGGGGCCUGCAGUGACGUGUCUCAGGCUCAACUCUGUCCAAAACAUGGGACGGACUAUUUAGAGUACAAAUGUCGUUAUUGCUGCUCCGUAGCUGUUUUCUUCUGCUUUGGAACCACACAUUUCUGCAACGGAUGCCACGACGACUUUCAAAGGAUUACGGCAAUCCCCAAACAUCAAUUACCACAAUGUCCAGCGGGACCACGAGCACGACAGACCGAAGGUGAAGAAUGUCCUCUACAUGUUUCACAUCCCGGAACAGGGGAAGAGUUUGCCCUCGGGUGUGGAAUUUGUCGAAAUGCUCACACGUUUUAAAUAUGUUCGGAACUAUUUCCAUGUAAAUGUUACACAAACCUUUUCAUCGUAAUGCGCGAUCAAAAUAUAAGUUUUUAAAAUUGUUUUAUAUUUAAAAUAAAAUGCCAUAUUAUUAUUUGUUGAAAAUAUCCAUGAAAAAAUGCAAUAAAUGAUUGUUA